UGGUCUGAUAACAUUCUCUCAUCACGAGGUUAUUAUGUCCAUUUUUAGUUUGAUUUUAACGGUCUGAUAACAUUCUCUCAUCACGAGGUUAUUAUGUCCAUUUUUAGUUUGAUUUUAACGGUCUAAUAACAUUCUCUCGUCACAAGGUUAUUAUGUCCAAUAUCAUUUUGAUUAUAAUUUUAAUUUAAAGUUAAUAAAUAUAUUUUUUAAAAAGUUAUUUUUGAAAAGUGAAAUAUAAAAAUUGGCGCAGUCAGUAGGAUUCGUUCACGUUGCUAGAACACGAGUAUUCUAACUAGUGACGGCGGAUUCCAAUCCCUUAGACGGAAAGAAGAACCAUCGCAUUAGACGGAAAGAAGAACCAUCGCAGAACAAGGAACCUUCCAUCACCGUUUCGAGAGGCAAGAAUUCGGAGUAGGAUCUGUUCACGUUGCUAGAACACGAGUAUUCUAACUAGUGGCGGCAGAUUCCGGCCCCUAAAUCUAGGGAACAACGAAGACAGCCCAUCGUACCGGUACAAGGAUAAACCCAUCAACCGUCUCGAAAGGCAGCAAUGAAAAUAGUACUAAUCUUGGGACUGAUCUCUACAGUCGCACCCCAAUUCCUCAUUACUCCAGGAAAUAAUACAGUAGGCAUCUUCUACCAUGAAGAAAGUAGUUUAAGAAUAUCCAACAACAAAUGGACGCUGCUAGUAUAUAAGGAACUAGAACCUCUGCGAGAAGCCAUACGACAUAAUAAUAAAAUACUUUCCUCUCUCACAGAAAUGUUAGACGAUUCUUCUCCUCGUAUGACAGCCUUCAAAACAAGUAUCCAAACUCAUUUUAGUCUUCUAACAGAAUUGCUGACUCAGUCGAAGGAAAAUUUUCAGAAAUUACUAUCGACACUGAAAAUUUUAAUUUUAGAACUAAACGCGGUUUAAUUAACGGUGUAGGAACUAUUUUUAAAUCAAUUACCGGAAACCUAGACUCUACAGACGGCGAAUACUUUAAUGAAUGCAUAGAUAAAGUAACUAAAGACGAACACGAAAUCGAAAAGCUGUUAAAAACUCAAAUAUCGGUUACAUCAUCUGUUAUAAAAUCUUUUAAUUCUACAAUUCAAAGUCUCCGAAUCGACGAAGAAACUUUCAAUCAGGAUCUAACUCAAAUUCAAAAAUCUCUCUAUGAUAUUUUAGACACCGUAGCAUUUUACGAAAGUCAAAUUAAAACACUUAAUCUUUGCGAAAGCCUUAUGGAAAGUUAUGUAUACCUAGAGUCUUACCUCAGCGAUAUAUUAAACGCAAUCACGUUCGCACGAAUCAAAGUUUUUACAUAGUUCUAUUAUUUACCCACGAGAUUUAGUCAUUUCUCUUCAGGAAAUUUCAAAAUCCUUGACAAAAAAUAAUUUACCACUACCACCCUAUACUUCGAGCAUUGCAAGGUACGUAGAUAUUAUGGAGCUAGAAGCAUUUCAAACUAAAAAUAAAGUUGUUUUUGUACUAAGAAUACCCUUAAUUGAGCCUGAAAUAUACACAUUGUAUCGUGUUUUAACUAUUCCAAUUUUGGACAAUCGAACACGAUUAUUCCAUAUAAUUCCAUCAACAAUAAAAUAUAUUGCGCGUGAUGACGAUUCUUUACUCUAUGUACUACCUGAAGAUCUAAAAAGCUGCAAACAAAUUCGCGGUAAAGAAAGAAUCUGUUUUAACUUAAUGCAAUAUCCCAUCGAUAGAGAAGCCCUUUGCGAAGCGCAGUUGCUUAGACAUUCCGAUCGUGUUCUUGUUACAUGUCAAUCUUCAAUCGUCUUGGCCUCAGAUUACAAUGUUAUAGAAAUCGACUUUAAUUAUUGGUUAAUUACCGUAUCCGAACCACUACCAAUCUCCAUUAAAUGUGGAAAAAGAGACCUCGUAGCCGAAAUGUUAAAAACUAAUUCUUUACUUAAACUACAACCAGAUUGCAGUGCAUUUAUUGGAAGCUCCAGAGUACGAGCUAAAUACCUUGUCGAAGAAUAUAAGAACGUGACCUACAAGAGCCACGCCGUGGAGAUUCCAUAUGAUUGCUGUUCUCACAUUCCAGAGAAGUUUCAACCCCCAGAGUUGAAACCCCUGAAGCUAAGUAAGAUCGACACCGACGACCUUAACGUGGCCCAACACAAGCUGCACGAAUAUUCGGAAAAAUUAGAAAACCUACUUCAUCAACCAACCCUUCAGAAACAUUCUCACUGGCUGACAAUUAUUUCGAUUAUUUUAAUGACUGUUUUAGUACUUUGCUAUUUCGUUUGCAAAUGCCGGAGAAAGAAACCGACAACACUCAGCAUCGCCGAUGGUAACGAUCCCCAACAACCUCCGAAGCAAAGUCGAAGACCCCUGCUCCCGAUGCAACUCAAAUCACUAACUCCGAAAAGACGGACUAGCAUCCACCCAGAAGUAACUACCCGAGAAGCUACGCUUUAAUUAGUCUGCGAAAAGCUGCAGCUAGGCUCCACCUUUUUACUUAAUGGGGGAGCUGUUAUCUCCGGAAAUCCUAUUGUCCACAUGGGUUAAAUGCCACCGACCUGCAAGAGUGCAACGAUUGCGAAAACGUCGUAACAUCCGCAGCCGUCGACCCCGUCAACGUCAGGAUAAAUUUAUUAUAAAUACUAAUUUCUAUUGUAAAACGUGGUCUGAUAACAUUCUCUCAUCACGAGGUUAUUAUGUCCAUUUUUAGUUUGAUUUUAACGGUCUGAUAACAUUCUCUCAUCACGAGGUUAUUAUGUCCAUUUUUAGUUUGAUUUUAACGGUCUAAUAACAUUCUCUCGUCACAAGG